GGCCCUAGCUGGCCUGUCGGCCUGUCUGUCACAGGGCAGUCAAAGCCACCGUGACCGUUUGCAGGCACCAACUUCUGUCCUUGGCUCAGAAACAGCGCCUGCCCCCACGUGGCCUUGGUUGAACCUAGGACCUGCAGGGCCAGAGAGAUCGCACUGGAGUCUGAAGGAAGGGUGACAGAGCGAGCCCCAUUCUGGAAGCUGUCGGUCCCAGGGCGCUGGGGAGGGCUGAGGCCGACCAUGCCGAGUCUGUUGCUGCUGUUCACGGCUGCUCUGCUCUCCAGCUGGGCCCAACUUCUGACAGACGCCAGCUCCUGGUGGUCCUUAGCUAUGAACCCGGUGCAGAGACCCGAGAUGUUCAUCAUCGGCGCCCAGCCUGUGUGUAGUCAGCUUCCCGGGCUCUCCCCUGGCCAGAGGAAGCUGUGCCAAUUGUACCAGGAGCACAUGGCCUACAUAGGAGAGGGAGCCAAGACGGGCAUCAAGGAAUGUCAGCACCAGUUCCGGCAGCGGCGGUGGAACUGCAGCACCGUGGACAACACGUCUGUCUUUGGGAGAGUCAUGCAGAUAGGUAGCCGAGAGACCGCCUUCACCUACGCCGUGAGCGCAGCAGGGGUGGUCAACGCCAUCAGCCGGGCUUGUCGCGAGGGCGAGCUUUCUACCUGCGGCUGCAGCCGGACAGCGCGGCCCAAGGACCUGCCCAGAGACUGGCUGUGGGGUGGCUGUGGGGACAAUGUGGAGUACGGCUACCGCUUUGCCAAGGAGUUUGUGGAUGCCCGGGAGCGGGAGAAGAAUUUUGCCAAGGGAUCGGAGGAGCAGGGCCGAGUGCUCAUGAACCUGCAGAACAACGAGGCUGGCCGAAGGGCCGUGUACAAGAUGGCAGACGUCGCCUGCAAAUGCCACGGCGUCUCGGGCUCCUGCAGCCUCAAGACCUGCUGGCUGCAGCUGGCCGAGUUCCGCAAGGUGGGGGACCGGCUGAAGGAGAAGUAUGACAGCGCAGCCGCCAUGCGCGUCACCCGCAAGGGCCGGCUGGAGCUGGUCAACAGCCGCUUCACCCAGCCCACCCCGGAGGACCUGGUCUACGUGGACCCCAGCCCAGACUACUGCCUGCGCAACCAGAGCACGGGCUCACUGGGCACGCAGGGCCGCCUGUGCAACAAGACCUCGGAGGGCAUGGACGGCUGCGAGCUCAUGUGCUGCGGCCGCGGCUACGACCAGUUCAAGAGCGUGCAGGUGGAACGCUGCCACUGCAAGUUCCACUGGUGCUGCUUUGUCAAGUGCAAGAAGUGCACCGAGGUCGUGGACCAGUAUGUCUGCAAAUAGCCUCCGGGGCCUGCGGCCUGGGCCCUCCGCUCUGCCUCACUAGAGUCUAUAUUAUAUAAAUCUAUAUAAAUCUAUUUUAUAUGUGUACAAACAAAUGAAUGGAUGCUAAAUAACGAGAAGAUACAAAUGGAAAGGAGAAGCUUAUUUAAGGGACGCUGGAGCUCUCUGAGCAGUGGACUCGGCUGGGUCGCUCCUCCCAGGGGGUGGGAGGCGGGCUCUCUUCUCUCCCUCCGGCGGGGACUCUCAGGAUACAGGGACUUGGAAAUGUUUACUGUCUGUCCACCACGGCCUCGAGGAGGGAGGAGGUGGUUGGAGGGAGGAGAUAUUUUGUCUGGAAGUCUGGAGUCUCUGUUGGUUAGAUGACUGCCUGUGACCCCGGCUACCAGGCCACGAGGCCCUGCAGAAGGUGGCAGGAACUCAGCUUCAACCCUGAUGUCUUCAGGGUCUUUCCUGGAAUGCACAUUGGUUCAGGAAGAGGUCCAGCGCUUCCUCACUCUUUCAUGCAUGUGCACACUUGCAGAAUCCACGGUUACAGCAAUGGCUCCUCCCCCAAACCGAAGAGAGGUCCGAUGUCAUCCCUGACCUGGUGACCACAAAGGGAUCUGCACUUUCCCUGAACUCCAGGCUUGUCUUUCCAGCGAGAUGAUCCUUCCUCCAUGGUUCGCUGGCUCCUGCCCCGGGCGCCCUGUGUGGAGAGGAAGAGGGGUCAUUGGACCUGACAUGUCAGGCGGGACAUGAGCUGAAUGUUUGCGCCUGGGCUGCAGAAGCCCCCGUGCAUGACCGGGCUGCGUGGACAUUGCACGGACCUCCCACCUGGGGAGGAAAGCUUGUGCUGCUGCUGCUGUCACUCCCAUCGAGGGAGGCUUCACAAACCACAGGCUGCGUCGACGGGUCGGGCUGUCUGGCCUGGCCUGCUCUCUUCAUCUCUGCCCCAGGUGUACAGUUUCUCUCUGACAUUAAAUACACUUCACGGA